UCUCCCACAAGUCUCACAUUAGACAUUACCAUUAGUCGAUAACUUCCAACCUUAUUUCCCUCCAUUUGAAGUUUCACCUUCUCAAAAAAUCCAGGGUUUAUACAAUUUCUCAUACCUCAAUUUAUAAAAUUUAUCCCUCAAUUUCUGGAAAAUAUUCGGGGUCAUGAAACGUGGGUAUGAAGGUUCUCCAUCUGGGCCUCCUCAAUCUCGAUUCAAACCCAAUCCAGAAGGAGAUGGGCAAUUUCUAGAGGAAGAAAGUACAAAAAUUUAUGCUAGGAAUGUUGCUGAUCAUUACAGUGCAAGAACUAACCAGACAUUGGAAGAACGAGAAGCAAGCCCAAUUAUACAUUUGAAAAAGCUUAACAAUUGGAUAAAAAGUGUCUUGAUUCAGCUGUAUGCCCGUCGUGGGGAUGUUGUUCUUGAUCUUGCGUGUGGAAAGGGUGGAGAUCUUAUAAAAUGGGACAAGGCAAGGAUUGGAUAUUAUGUUGGAAUCGAUAUUGCUGAAGGCUCGAUAGAAGAUUGUCGUACACGGUAUAAUGGUGAUGCCGAUCAGAAUCAGCGUCGGAGGAAGUUUUCAUUCCCUGCCCGCCUAUUAUGUGGAGAUUGCUUUGAGGUUCGCCUGGACAGAGAAUUGGCAGAGGAAGCUCCCUUUGACAUUUGCAGUUGCCAGUUUGCCUUGCACUAUUCAUGGUCUACUGAGGCACGUGCACGGCGAGCUUUGGCAAAUAUUUCAGCAUUACUUCGGCCAGGAGGCAUCCUGAUUGGGACAAUGCCUGAUGCCAAUGUUAUCGUCAGAAAGUUCAGAGAAGCGGAAGGUUUAGAAUUUGGAAACAAAGUAUUCUGGAUACGUUUUGAUGAGGAUUAUGCUGAUAAGAAACUCAGAGCUUCUAGUCCCUUUGGUAUCCGGUACAAGUUUCACUUAGAGGAUGCUGUUGAUUGUCCUGAAUGGGUUGUCCCUUUCCAUGUCUUCAAGUCACUGGCAGAAGAGUAUGACUUUGAGCUAGUGUUUGCAAAAAACAAUCAUCAAUUCGUUGAAGAAUAUUUGAAGAAGCCAGAAUUUGUUGACCUUAUGAGGAGGUUGGGUGCUUUGGGUGAUAACCAGGAUAAGAGUACGCUGACACCAGAUGAGUGGGAAGUAGCGUACUUAUAUUUGGCGUUUGUGCUGAGAAAGCGAGGCCAACCAGACCAAAACCAAAAGCAAAAUCAAAGUGAAAGAAAGGGCAAAGCAAAGAACCACCUAUUAAAGGAGGACGUCACAUACAUUAACACUUGAGAUUAACUGGACUUCGAUUUGACUCAAUCUUCGACUGCGACAACAAAGGAUCACCAAGGUGGGCCAAGGUACUAUACAAGAUGGCCAAAAUACGGGCAGGCGUUUAGACCUUAAACUUGGGAAAGCUUUCAGUCGUUGCACGAUCUGCCAAGCGUCGAUCACACACUGGCUCAAUUCAUUUUUGUUAAGUAUCAUAAGCUUCUCCUCAGAGACAGUGGGUUAUUUCAGUCUGUAAUUACAAGGAGAUGAACUUUAACUUUUGAUCUUCUCUUCUUUGGAAGGUGGUAGGUUUAGGGAUAACAUAAUUCCUCCUUUGUAUUUUAACUUGCCAGAAGAACUACUGGUUUUGUACUCAAUUUAUUUUACGAGAAAGUUGAUAAAAACACAAUAGAAGUUAAACUUAUAGUGAUA